GGGAAAUGAGACGGCCUGCGAGUUGCGGAUAGGAUUUCUCUUUGGGGGCGUGGCUUACCUGGGUCCUGCUUUCCCGCCGACGGUUGGCCACGUCACGUGACAUGGGCUGGAAGAUGGCGUCUCCCACAGACGGGACAGAUCUAGAAGCAUCUUUACUAAGUUUUGAAAAACUUGACCGUGCUUCACCAGACCUUUGGCCAGAACAAUUACCAGGUGUUGCUGAAUUUGCAGCUUCUUUCAAAAGUCCUAUUACUAGCUCUCCACCCAAAUGGAUGGCUGAAAUAGAACGUGAUGAUAUUGACAUGUUGAAAGAACUGGGGAGUCUCACCACGGCUAAUUUGAUGGAGAAGGUACGAGGCCUACAGAACCUGGCCUAUCAGCUGGGGCUGGAUGAGUAUGGCGUGAUUGUUUACAUAGAAAUCUAAGGAAUCUACAAAAAAGCUACUAAAACUAAUAGGUGAAAUAAAGCAAGGUUGUAGAAUACAAAGUACAAAAAUCUGUUUUAGUUCUAUAUAUCAGCAAUGAACAAAUGGUAAAUGGGUUUUUAAAAACAAUACAAUUUAGAACAUCAAAAACCAUGAAAUACUUAGGAAUAAAUUUAGCACACUAUGUGUAAGACAUGUAUACUGAAACCUACAAAGCAUUGCUGAAAGUAAAGAUCUAAGUAAAGAGAUAAAUACCAUGUUCAUGGAUCAGACUCUAUAGAGUGAUCUAUAUAUUCAAUGCAAUUCCAAUCAAAAUCCUACCAGACUUUUUUAGGAAAUAGAAAGCUAAAUGAGUCUAAGGUUAAUAUGGAAAUACAAAGGACCUAAUAACCAGAACAAUUUUGAAGAAAAAAAAGCAAUGUUGGAGAAUUUACAUAAAUUGGUUUCAAGUCUUACUGUAAGGCUAUAAUUAUCAAGACAGUGUGGUUUUGACAUAAAGAUAGGCAAAGAGAUGAGUGGAACAGAAUAGAGUCCAGAAAUAGACCCUUUCCUAAGUAGUCAAUCGAUUUCUUAUAAAAGUAGCAAAAUAAUUGAAGUAUAGUCUUUUCAACAGUGCUAGAACUGGGAAUAAAUGAACCUAGAUCCUUGUUUCACAACAUUAAAAAGUGAAUUCAAAAUAGAUCAUGGGUGUAAAUAUAAAAUCUGAAACUGUAAAACUUCUGGUAGAAAACAUGAGAGAAAAUCUUUGCAUCUCUGGGAUAGUCAAAGGCUUCUUAGAUCACCCAAACAGCAUAAACCAUAAAACAAAACCUGAUAAAUUAUACUUCAACAAAAUUAAAAAUUUCUGCUUGUCAAAAGACACUAUUAAGAAAAUGAAAAGACAAAUCACAGACUGGGAUAAACUAUUUGCAAUACAUAUGCAGUUGAUUCUCAUUCAUGAAUUCUGAAUUUGCAAAUUCAUCUUAUUAAAAUUUAUAGCCCCCAAAUCAGUAUUUCUGAUGCUUUCAUGAUCAUUUGUGGACAUACACCGAUGGCAAAAAAAAAAAAUUGAGUUGCUCUACACACGCUCUCAGCUAGUGUCAUGAGCAAGGUGGAGCUCUGCCUUCUUGUUUUAGUUUUCAUACAGUAGACAAACGUCCUUUUCAUGGCCUACUUAGUGCCAUGUAUUUUGCAUUUUUAUUCUUUUUGUUGAUGAUUUGCAAUUAGAAUGGCUCCCAAGCAUAGUGCUGAAGUGCCAUCUAGUGUUCCAAAGUAUAAGUAUGCUGUGAUGUGCCUUACAGAGAAAAUACAUGUGUUAGAUAAGCUUCAUCCAGGCAUGAGUUACAGUGCUGUUGGCUGUGCAUUUAAUGUUAAUGAACCAAGUAUCUUUAAACAGAAACACAUUAAACAAGACUAUGUAUUGAUCAGUUGACUAAAAUGUUGUAACCAGAGGCUCUCAGGAACCUAACCCAGUAUUACCCCUAGGAGCAAUGCUUCAGUAUUUGUUAAUUCACUGUCCAUGGUGACUUUAUAGAACAUAGCUACCUAUAAUAAUGAGAAUUGACUAUACCUGAUGAAAGAUUGUAUCCAGAAUAUAUCUUUAAAACCUUAACUAUUCUAUAAUAGAAGGUGAAAUGAUCUAAAAAUGGAAGAUUAAUGAUCACCAAUAAGUGAAAAUGUGAUUAAAUGAAUAGUCAUCAGGGAAACUGAAAAUUAAAACAACUACAUGCCCAUUACAAUAGAUGAAAAUAAAGAUGGACAGUAGCACGUAUUGGGAGGUUGUGGAACAAAUGCAACUCAUACAUUGCUGAUGGGAAUGUAAAAUGAUGCAGCCACUUUCAAAAAGUUUGGCAAUUUAUAAUAUUAAACAGACAUUUACCAUAUAGCCUAGCAAUUGCACUUCUAAUUUUUUAUUCAAGAUAAAAGAAAACAAAUGUCUGCACAAAGACUACAAAAUUUUGUGAUAGUUUUAUUCAUAAUAAGUUGGAAACAUUCCGGAGGUUUAGCAACAUGAAUGAAUAAACAAUUUAUAGUAUAUCCAUACAAAAAUACUACUCAGCAUUAAAAAGCAACAAACUACUGAUACAUUCAACAAUAUGGAUGAAUAUCAAAAAUGUUUUGUUGAGGAGUACCUACUGUAUGAUUUUAUUCAUAUGAAAUUAUAGAAAAGGCAAAUCUAAUCUAUAGUGACAGAAAGUGUAUUAGUCGUACCUAGGACUGGGGUGAUAUUAGGGUUGACUGUGAAAGGGUACAAAGAAAUGAUUUAGAUUGAUAGAAAUAUUCUAUACAUUAAUUGUGAUGGCACUCACACAAUUUUAAACAUUUGUGUAAGCUUAUCAAAUGUAGGUUUAAAAAUGGGUGCAAUUUUUGUAUGUAAAUAAUACCUCAGGAAAGUUGCUUUUCAAAGAAUGUAUUAGUUGAGGUUUGCUUUAGAUUUUGGGGGAGGCAGCACACAUUUCCUGAAGGGACACAUUUCAUAGAAACAGUACUUGAAUACACAGGUCCCUCUAUUUUCUUAUAUGUGUUUCUGAAAAAUUCUGCCAUUAAGUGAAAAAUAUUUUUAUUAAUUUUAGUAGGAAAAGCUAUAUUCCAUCCCAACCUAAAAUACCAAACAAAUUUCAUAGAUAGAAAAAUAUAUAAACUGAACAAUGAAAAUAAAUUUAAGUAAAAAUAAGAUUUUGAAAAUACAUAAAUACAGAUUGUCUAACAAAUAUAAUGUAAUGAAGCUUUAUUGUGUUUACCAAAGAAAGAUUUGAUAGUGGGUGGGAGUUGUGGAGAUGGAGUGUGAGAGAGACAUUCUUUGGAAGGUGUAUUCUUCUAGCUGCAGUAUUUUCCUCACCGAUUUUACAAACUUUUGGGGUCUCAAAUUAUCUUGCAUUCAAACUGUACUUAAAAAUAAAGUCUAGCAUAAACAUG